GUCCAUACAGUAGAAGGCACCGCGUGGUAAUGACAUAGAAUGAUUGCUUUCUACAUAGUCUUUUAAAACACCGCCGAGAAACUCCCAGCAAUCGAUGCAAUAAUUGGUACAAAGGUUUCAGGCGGGAGUCACAUGUUAAGGUUCUUACAGCGAGGAGGAUAUGAAAGAGGAAGAUGGAAACACACAUGGAAGCUGGCUGUGGAAGUGGUGUUUACUGUGCCCGAUCUGGCACGUCCACUUCAUGACGUGUUGAAUCUCGGACUCACGUUCAUCAUAUUGUUUUAGCUUUAGUCGGAAGGGGCGAGGGAUCAAUAUUUGUGCAUUUCAUUUGCCCGUAAUUGGCACAAAUUCCCGCAGCACAGAUAGAUCCUUGAAUCGAACUGCCUUUAAUCUAAUCCAAGAAGUGCUGGUGUCCGCGCCCCUGUGUACAAGACAGCCACCUCGUUCCGAAGAGAGCACGCUGCCUAUCAGAUAGAAAGCUGGGGUCGAUCGCUCCCAAAUUCACCCCUUUCUACCUACGUUCAUCAAUUUGAUUCCAGUCUUGUUUAAUGGAGUAGACUUCUAAUUAAACGCUUGCCGCAACAAGCGCUACUGGAAUAUCUGAUCUCGAUCGGCGGGCAGUUUGGUUUGUUAGAGAUAGCUCAUUAGCUGCUGGAACGUCCUCAGUCGCACGAAGCAUCGCCAGCAAGCUUGGAUGGUUGUUAGCGGGAACUGUUUGUGUUCGAAGAUAAUUAUGCACAAUUGCAUGUAACAUUGAAUCCCUAACGUUGCUGUCGACUGGAUAAGGGAGGGUCUAUCCUCUACCCCACAAGUGCCAUCCCUUGGUCGGGAAAUGGAAGCACGCCAUUGGUCGAUGGACAAUGUGGACUACAGUAUCUAAUAUAUGAGGCAGCUAGUGUAACAGAAAGUGUAACGCCGAGGGCUGAAGCAACGAGUGAGGACCAGGCACUACCACGACCAAAGAUUGAGCCAUCUCUCUCCCACUCCUCGAGAAUGAUGUGAGCCGACCAGGAGGAGUCCAGGAGACCAAACAACAAUGGUUCAACUGUUCUACUACGAGACCCGGGGGAAAUGCUGCCGGAAGGUGUUCAACUACGAGGGCUACCCCACCAAGGUCUUGCUGUUUCCUUACGAAGGGUGGGCCCAGCCUGCUCUCAUCUCCUACUGGACACUUAAAACUUACUGGUGGAGUCGAUCCAAGUGUAAAAUUGUGGAAGUGAUAGGUUCCAAGAAGUCCACGACGAAAGGCAAGAUGGUUGACAAAGGUAACGGAACAAUGAUGAUCCAAGGCAAGUUCAAGGAACAGCCCCAGCCCGAUUUCCGGAUGCAUCUAACGACGAAUGUGAGUCAGGCGGACUUUCAGUUGGGAUACUGUGUGACCGGGACACUAGAGCGUGGGGAUAAGAAGGCAGGGGGGCUUCAGCUCACACACUUUGCCAUGGUCAAGAGAAGAGGCUAUUGAUUCGCCAUGCUCUACUGAAGACGUGUUAAACAAUUCCGCCUCUCGUAUCGGCAUUAUUGAUAUGUAAGCUUUCAACCUGGACAGAACCGGCUACAGCUUCCCACACCAUGGAGGUCAUGUCUACCUAUUCAGACUGCAGGACACGUAAACUUUCCCAGCCUGUAUUCACCAAAUACAGGAUUCGAACCUGGUACAAAUAGGACAACUAGUUGUCUGUUUCCAGAAAAGCAUAAAUCACCCAAUACCAACAAUUUACAACUGUUGAUGCGGACAUACAAUUUGCGUCACUUUAAUAAGAUUGGGACUGUUGUGUUAUAGAAAGCGUGCCUGCCAAUAGAAGCAUGUCCGGAUACCUGCAUGGUGUUGUGCUUGUACUCAUCGCCAGAAAUGUUGUGCACAAGCAGUGCUUCUACCGGCCAAACGGGGCCCAGUCCUCUGCUGCUCCGUCUACUGUGCGCGUAUCAUUCCAUUGCUCAUCUACAGACAGAGACAAGUUAUUUUUGUCGACAGUUUGUGUUGACCAUCAUUGACAUCCGAGACAUUGUUAUGGCGCCCAACAUGGGCUCCAGUCGUUGUGCUUCAUCAAUCUUCCAUCUACUAAGGGACUUUUGACAUAUACUUUAUUCGUCGACAGAAAAUAGAUAUUUUCUAUUAUAGCAAGUUUGUAUAUGUUUGCUUAGCUCCUGGUGUUCAUCAAGAGUGUACCAGGCGGUACACAUGUCGUAAUCAAAAUCACCAAACUCAAACUUGAUCCAUCUUCGCUUGGUGCUCCUCGUAAGCCCACCAAUCAAUGGCGAUCUGGGAAUCUUAUCGACGUGAUAGCCAAGACAGUAUCGAUCACCUCUAAUUGCAAAUCACGUUAGUUUUUCCGUCUCGUCAUAGUACGAUUCACAAUCUGGAAAAUCUGUAUUCAUUUGACUGCAAACACUGACUAUUACCGUGUGUUAUCUUCAUUUGAGACACGAACCAUGAAUACGAUGUCGUCCCUAUUGGAGACAUACAACCAUUCCAACUAUAUUCUUACUAUUCGUUAAUGGUUUAUUGAUUAUUCUGUGAGUAUUGUGUGUGUUCUUCUCCUUUCCUCCUAUCAUUCCAGCUGUGUCCUUUGUUAAUUUUGACUUGUUUGUGAAUGUCACUUAGAGCCGACCAAUGUAUACUUAGAGCUAUGAAAGGCUGUGAGAUUGAAAACUGUGCCAAACGGUAGUCGAUUAUGGUAUAAACCCAGUUGUUAUCA